UCUCUCUCUCCCUUUCACUAUACUAAAUCGGAUCCUCUGCUGUGGAUUCAAACACUGCUGUGCAUGAAACGGAGACGCAGCGUUCUACUUAACUCUCCUAAACAUCUUCCCCAAGAGUGAUGACGACGCCGCACUAAAAUCUCAGUUGCCGCCGCUAUUUUUACUUCCUUUCAAAAUAAAACUCCAAUAUAUAAGAGACCAAGCCAUUUGAAUUUUUUUUUUCUGCACCAACUCGCCUAGCUGGGUGUCAAUCACCAAAAUGAAGAACAAGCCCCCAUCUCCCCCCAGGGUUCUGUAUGAUUUAAAGUUGUUUUCUAACUUUUUGUCUUUUCGAUUGAUUUUGUUGAAGAACGCUCCUUUUUCGCUUGUACCGUGCCGUCUCGUGCACAGCAGCUCGUGCCGUGUUUCGAUCCACAGCAGAGGAUCUCUCUCUCUCUCUCUCUUGUGUUGCAUAUGUGGAUAUUAUAAAGGCUUUUGUUUUAUUUUUCUUCUCUUCUUGUCAAAAAAAUUGCUGUCUUUAUUGAGGUUUUGUGUUUGAUUCAUCUUCAGUUGUAUGACUGAUCUAGAUAUGCCAAAUAGCUAAAAAUGAGCCCUUAAAGGUCUUUGGUUAUGCAUCUGGCUUCAGCUACAUUCCUAAACUAAUGGCUAAUAUGCACGAGCAGCAUUUCUCCCAAACAAUAUCCAAAAAUCUCAAUUUUGAAGUGGACUGUCCUCCUCAACGAGGCCAGGAAGUGAAGUACAUUGACUUUCAACUACAAGAUCAACACUCUUCCUCGACUGAAUCAACGAGCCUUUCUCACAAGGAAUUCACCGCCAUGGGAAAGGCUGGUUCUCAAGAUCAAUGCGCUUCAUCUGACUCCGUACAUGAUGAAAGCUAUGGUAAGCAUGGGCAACAUAUGAAGGGGGGCUUGUUCCUGUGCAAUCCCGAGCUCUCCAUCAACGUGUCACAUGCUGAGAUUACCCAACCGAUUGUGCAGCUCCCGUAUGCCUACGCAGACCCCUACUUCACCGGAUUGUUUACGCCCUACGGCCCUCAUAACAUCAUACAACCGCAGAUGAUGGCCGCCGCAUCCGGGCGUGUGCCGCUGCCCGUGGAUCUUCCCGAGGACGGCCCCAUAUACGUGAAUGCAAAACAAUAUCAUGGUAUACUUAGGAGGAGACAGACUCGAGCUAAGCUGGAGGCACAAAACAAACUUGUGAAAACUCGGAAACCGUAUCUGCACGAGUCUCGUCAUCAGCAUGCGCUGAAUAGAGUGAGGGGGAGUGGGGGCCGGUUUCUGAGCACCAAGAAGCAGCAGUCGGAGGCUCUUGCGGCGGCCAGUGCUGGUGGUGUGGACGCGUUUCAUUUCGGUUAUGGGGAAGGUGGUGGCGAUGGGACGAGGGUUUCGGGUGGUGGUGACGCUAUCUUGCAGCAGUCCGAUGGCAGGUUUACAAGCAUGGCGUCGCACAGUGGUGGGAUGGUGUACAAUGGGAACCGCUGUUAUGCUUCCAUCGUCCGGUGAGGCGCCGAUCCCGACUGGACCGGCUGGGCAAUUCAUCCUUGGCUUUGUGGCUUAGAGGUUUUUUCCUCUGCUACUCCUACACAAUGUGGGCUUUCUUUAUUCUCUGCCUAAUACAUCAAAUCCUACACGCAUUUGGAUCUUGAACUAAAACAAACUCUCUCUCUCUCUCUCUCUAAGCUAUCUUUUUUCAUCUCUCUCUCUAUCUUGGCAAGUUACAGUUGAACUCAUUGUUUAGCAUGAAAGAAGUCUUGAAUAGAGAGAACAUUUUGGGUGCAUAUUCAAAUAUUGGAAUAUAAAGUAGUUGUUUUUUGACGGAAAA